AGUUUUAUUAAUCAAAACUUUCAAUUGUAAAAACGUACAUAAUAAAAUUCUAGGUAAAAAAAAGAAAAUCCUGUUUUCAUAUCCGCUUCACUCGGUAUAAAAGCAGCUUCGCAACAUGCAGCCUUCUAAACACAUUACUUGAAACAAAGAAAUUCCAAUAACAAAGAUGAUUGUACUAAAUCAGAAGCUGUUAGUUAUCGUGCUGGCGAUUCUUGGGACUUUAUGUGCUGCACAGAAGAAGACCAAAUGCCAAGUUGUCAAAGCUCUUCGGGAUCAGGGUGUGCCUGAUAGUGAGCUCAAGGACUGGUUAUGUUUAGUGGACAAGGAAAGUUCAUACAAGUAUAAUGCGGAGCAUACCAAUUAUAAAGAUGGUUCUGUAGAUUCUAUAGAUUACGGAAUCUUUCAACUGAAUGACAAGUACUGGUGCAGCGAUUCUGGCGGAUAUUCAGGGAAAAUAUGUUGGAGGCUCAAUACCUACGGUUGCGAUGACAAGUGCAAGACUUUUAAAGACUCUGACAUCUCCAACGAUGCAUAUUGUGCUGUGAGGGUAAAAAAAUGCAAAGGGUUUGAAGAAUGGGUUGGAUGGAGAAAUAAAUGCAAGGGCAAAGACCUAUCGAGCUACGACUUCAGUGAGUGUAAAAAAGUGUGAAGUUUCUGCAUUGACUUUUGUAAAAUAUCAAAUAAACGAAUAAGAAAUG